CGCAUUCCAUCCGAACCGGGCGAGUCAACACCCGAUUACGCCAAAAGGUGAAAGGCAAAAGUUUACAUACAAGACGCAGUCGCAACAUUUUAUGGGUUCAUUGGUAAGCCGAAACGUUCCAGCAAACAUGAGCGGUCCAGUAGCGGAAUUCGUGAAAAGUGCUAUCGCAAAGGAUAAGGUUGUAAUCUUUUCGAAGACAUACUGCCCAUACUGUACCAUGGCAAAGGAGCCCUUCAAGAAGCUGAACCAAGAAUACGCUUGUUACGAGCUCGACAAAAGAAACGAUGGUGAUGAGAUGCAAUCUGUGCUGGGCGAGUUGACCGGUGGAAGAACGGUACCACGAGUGUUCAUCGAUGGUAACUUUGUCGGCGGCGGUACGGACAUCAAGAAGAUGUACGAUGAUGGUCGGUUACAAAAAAUGUUGGCCUAAAACUCCUCAAUCUACUCCCGAGCAAAGUGUAAAGACAAUUUAUUUAGACUCUCUUUAAAAAUGUCCUUUUGUGCACAAUCACAGUUAAAAAAAUAAACAAUAAUCGUUAGAUAAGAA